CAUUUUCGUACAUCUAUAAAUAGCAUAAGUGACUCUACUUUCUUUCUUUCUUUUUUCUAUAAUAUAAGUGAAUCUACUUUGAAUAAUAUCAACACACUCAAUUAUUUUAUGUCAAACAAAGCCUAACUCUGUCGUUUCCAGGCUCUCUUUUUGAGAUCAGCAUGUUGUUUGUACCUAGAGAUUUUGUACUUUCACUUGCCAUACUUGUGGUGUUAUUAAGCACACCAUGCUCAAGUUCUUACGAGAAGACCGAAGAAAGGAUAAAAUCAGCAGUGUUUUUGUCCCCAAAAUUUGAGCUAAGACCUGGAUCAGUUAUAAAUAAAUUUUAUGAUGAUAUUGAUUUUCCAAAAGGUCAUGUAGCAAUCAAGAGUUUUGAUGCUGAAGUUGUUGAUGAAGCUGGGAAUUCGAUACCGUUGCACGAAACUUAUCUCCAUCAUUGGGUUGUUGGAAGAUAUCAUCAAAGUAAUCAUGCCACACACACAGAAAAUGAUAGUCACAAGAUGCUUCAAAAAGCUUAUCCAGGUCUCGUGAGGAACAGUGGCAUUUGCCAAGGAAAUAUUCUUCCACAGUAUUUCGGCCUUGGAUCAGAAACACGAGGAACACCGACCGAUAUUCCGGAUCCUUUUGGUAUGGAGAUGGGUAAUCCAACAGAAAUUCCAGAAGGGUUUGAGGAGAAAUGGUUGUUUAAUAUUCAUGCCAUCGAUACACGUGGCGUAGAGGAUAAGCUAGGGUGCACUGAGUGCAAGUGUGAGCUUUAUAAUGUUACAGUGGAUGAAUAUGGAAGGCCUUUAAUGUCUGAUUAUAAAGGAGGUUUGUCAUGUUGUUAUGAUAAUACACAAUGCAAGUUGAAGGAAGGUUUUAAGGGACCAAAGAGAAGUCUUUAUCUGAAAUACAAAAUCAAAUGGGUUGAUUGGGAUGAAUUUAUAGUUCCUCUUAAGACAUACAUAAUUGAUGUUACUGAUAGUUUGAAACUAUCAGAUGAUUCAAAAGGAAUGAACUCAGAUCAUGAUUGUAAGAUUGAGUAUCAAGUUGAAUCUUGCAGCACAGACCAUGAGGAGGGAAAUGGUUGUGUUCAUGUGAAGAGGACAAGUCUCCCACUGCAAACUGGUGGCUAUGUGAUCUAUGCUGUUGCUCAUCAACAUUCAGGGGGAGUUGGAUCAACUUUAUAUGGACAGGAUGGGAGAGUUAUAUGUUCUUCUGUACCAAGUUAUGGACAUGGAAAUGAAGCAGGAAAUGAGGCAGGGUACAUUGUAGGAAUGUCUACUUGUUAUCCUAAACCAGGUUCUGUCAAGAUAAUUGAUGGUGAAAUUUUAACUCAUGAAUCUAACUACAACAACACCAAAGAGCAUACUGGAGUAAUGGGACUUUUCUACCUAUUGGUGGCAGAACAACUCCCAUACCAACACUUCAGACAUUCCACUCGUUCUUCGUUUUUUAUGGAUAUAAAUAAUAUAUGGUAAUAUCUUCUAAAAGAAAAAGAAACAGAAAUGUAUAUGGUGGUAUAAGUGGAGUUUCAUCGAUGGUAUCAAAGCAAUGUAUGAUCGAUAUGAGGAAUAAAUACAAGGUUGUAAAGUUUAAAGGGCAACUCGGUGAACUAAAACUCCUGCAGACACAGGGUUUGGGAAAAGAUCCCACCAUUUUGUACGCAGCCUUACCCUGUUUUUUACACAAAAUGUUGUUUUCAAAACUUGAACCCGUGACCUUUCAAUCACAAGGUUGUAAAGUGUAACUAAAUAAAUAAUUACAUUUCUCUCUAUAUUUUGCUA